AUGGGUCUGAAUGGAGUUCAUAAAUGCCUCGUUUAUAAACUUCUGGGACCAAAUAUUCCGGACGUAACUGAUGCACACUUCUCCGGUGAGAGACUCCCCGGAAGGCUUGCCAAAAUCAUCGCCAAGCAAAGUCUUGCCGGGCUUCAUGAUUUGCAUCAAGGAAAUAUAGGACCUGGAGAUUUGCACACUCGCAAUUUGGCCUUCACCAUACCUUGCUUGGACAAGGUAUCCGAGGAGGCUUUUUUUGAGAUAUUGGGAAAGCCUGAAAUAGGUCGUGUCAAAAGGCACGAUGAGAAAGGCCUUGAGCUCGGCGUGCCGGAAUAUAUGGUGAAGCCUACCUCAUAUCGAACCCGCCUUUGGAACUCGGCUCAGUCGAUCAAAAUAAUCGAUUUCAGAGAAUCAUUUGAAUGUCCUGCUGUUCCUCACUCGCUACACACACCUUUGCCUGCUCGAGCACCCGAAGUUAUAUUUCAGGAUAAAAUUGAUCACCAUGUUGACUUGUGA